AGUCCAGUUUCUGUAAACCAGUGGGCUGCGCGCAGUAUUGAUCACUGGCUCUCAAUGAGAAGAUUACCGGGAUUACAGCCAAAGGUUUGGACACUUGAUGGUGCACCGUUAAAAAACAAGACAGCUGUAUAAUGGGCUACAAAGCUCCUUCCAAGCAUUGGAUCCCAGGAUGCCUGUGCUUUCUGCUUCUGUCAGCACUGCACUGCUUCAGCACUGCUCAAGAUGAAGAUUUAAGAAGCUGCCGGACCGCACCGUGUGAUCUAGUCUUCAUUUUAGACGGCUCAUGGAGUGUUUUGGAUGUCAACUUUGAAAUAGUAAAGCGAUGGCUUGUCAACAUAACAACCAGCUUCAACAUUGGACAGAAGUUUACUCAGGUCGGUGUGGUCCAGUAUAGUGAUGACCCAAUUUUAGAAAUACCUCUGGGGAAGUUCUCCUCAAACAAAGACCUCAUCAAAGCAAUGGAGAAUAUUGAGUACAUGGGAGGAAACACAAGGACUGGGACUGCCAUUAAGUUUGCCACUGACAGAUUGUUUGGACUCUCUGAAAGGGGUCCAUCAGGGAUAUCCAGAAUUGCUGUUGUCCUCACAGAUGGGAAAUCUCAAGAUGUGGUCAUGAACGCGGCCGAGGCAGCAAGAAAAAAAGGGGUCAUUCUGUUUGCAAUUGGAGUCGGGCCAGAGACGGAAGAGGCUGAGUUGAGGGACAUUGCAAACAAACCUUCUUCUACCUAUGUGUUCUCUGUUGAGGACUACAAAGCAAUUUCCAGGAUUAUACAGGUCAUACGUCAGAAACUAUGUGAAGAAACGGUUUGUCCAGCAAGAAUUCCCAUAGAUUCCCGUGGUGAGAAGGGCUUUGACAUCCUCUUAAGUUUAAAUUUGGCUAAAAAAGCCAAAAAGACACAAGGGUCAUUUUAUGGCACAAAGGCAUAUGAAGUUACAUCCUUUGUUGACUUGAGCGAGGCUACAAGGAGCCUUUUCCCCGAUGGUCUCCCUCCAUCGUAUGUUUUUGUGGCCACACUGAGGUAUAAAGGAUCUGUAGCCAUAGAGCAGUGGGAUCUAUGGAGAAUACAGACCCGUGAUGGCAAGCCUCAGAUGGCGGUGACUCUUAACGGUCUGGAUAAUACCGUUAUGUUCACGACAACCAGCAAUGCACCAAGUGAAAUCCAAACGGUUACAUUUUCACAACAGACAGCAAGGAAGCUGUUCGAUGAAAAAUGGCACCAGUUGCGGCUACUGGUAACCGAAGAAGACGUUACUCUUUAUGUCGAUGACCUGGAAAUGGAGACACAGCCGCUCGAGCCCUCUGUUGGCAUUUUCAUCAAUGGACAAACCCAAGUUGGAAAAUAUGUCAAUAAAGAAACAACUGUGCCAUUUGAAAUCCAGAAACUUCGCAUUUACUGUGACCCUGAGCAGAACACGAGGGAGACUGCUUGUGAAAUACCAGGAGUUUGCUCCAACACUGAGCCAACACGGGAACCUUGUGUUUGUCCUCCUGGACCUCCUGGACCUCCAGGAGAAACAGGGGAAACAGGAACCACCGGCAUCCCUGGUCAGCCUGGACCCGCUGGUGCUGAUGGUAAGCCUGGUAUUCCUGGCCUAAGAGGAGUUCCUGGGCUUCCAGGUCCACCAGGACCUAAGGGGGCACGCGGAGCAGAUGGAUACAAAGGCGAGCAAGGGAGACCGGGUGUUUCGGGUGAGAGGGGUACAUCUGGAUUACCUGGACUGCCAGGACAACAAGGAGAGAAGGGAUCAACAGGAUUACCAGGAAUAACAGGGUUACCUGGUAUACCUGGUAAAACGGGUGAAAAAGGAAGUAUAGGACCUCCCGGGCCACCUGGUUUACCUGGAACUCCUGGUUUCUCUGGGAGAGAUGGGAAAGAUGGGAUUCAAGGAAAUCCAGGUCAAAAGGGUGAAGCUGGAGACAAUGGUAUUCCUGGUUCUGAUGGAAGGCAAGGUCAUCCUGGUGUUCCUGGUUUGCCAGGAAUUGCAGGCCUGAAUGGACAAAAGGGGGAAAGUGGUGAGCCUGGACCAAAAGGAACCAAAGGAUCGACAGGCCCACCUGGGGAAAUGGGCUUACAUGGUGAACCUGGUGUAAAGGGAGCCAUUGGACCCAAGGGCAACAAAGGUGAAAGUGGAAACCCCGGGACAAGAGGAUCACCGGGGCUUGUGGGGAAUGCAGGGGAACCAGGAUUACCAGGUCAGCCGGGACACCCAGGCAUGCCAGGUCUGAAAGGAAGCAAGGGAGAAAGAGGAAGUACGGGUGAAACAGGAGCAAUGGGAGUUAAAGGUGAUCAAGGAGAACAUGGACGACCAGGAGUUCCAGGAUCACCUGGUACAGUGGGAAUAAAAGGAGAGAAAGGGACAGCAGGGGACCCAGGGCAGAGAGGGCCAGAAGGUCAAAUGGGACGGCCUGGACAACCAGGCCAGUCAGGCCCAACUGGGCCCCAAGGGGUGCGAGGGGACACAGGCCCGCCAGGCCCACCUGGACCAGAAGGCAGAGCUACAAAUGGAAUGUCAGACAGUCACAUUCGGCAAAUCUGCAGAGACAUUCUUAUAAGUGAGCUGCCUUUAUUAUUGCUAAGCAACCAGCAGAGUAGCUGUACAAGAUGUCAAGGCCAGCCUGGAUCACCUGGUCCACAAGGUCCAGCUGGUCCCCAGGGACUCAGAGGUCUUCCAGGACUUAGUGGUUCCAGAGGAAACCCUGGUUGGCCAGGGCGUCCGGGAAUUACUGGGCUCAAAGGAGAACCAGGUUAUAAAGGUGAAAAGGGGAGCCCAGGUCAAGUCAUGGUUGGCGACCAGGGACCUCCUGGGCCUCCAGGGCCCAUUGGUCCCCAAGGGUACAGCAAACCAGGCCCUCCUGGUAAGCCUGGGCUUCAUGGUCAAAAUGGAGCGGAGGGUAAACCAGGUAAUCCCGGUGUCCCCGGCCAGCCCGGGGUAUGUGACCCAUCCAUGUGCUAUGCUAGCAUAAUGAGAAGGAGCUCCUACAGCAAAGGCCCAAACUAUUGACAGAUUACAGUGUCGCUAACGGCGCCAAUCUGAAGCUGAUGUGGAACAAACAGCCAUUCUCAGGAAGAUUUCAUCUCUGCAGUUUCUCUCUAACAUGGAAACAAAGUACCUCCUCUGACAUUUAUUUUUGUGAUCUCAUGCAUCAUCAUUGUAUUUUUUUAAUAUAUUAAAUAUAAAGAAGAAUAUUGUUCUUCUUAUGUCUUUUAACAUUUUUUGAGGUUUUCAGGGUGUUGCGAGACCAGAAAAUUGGCUCCUUUGAAUACCUCUGUCUGAGAACCUUGAAUUCUUGUAUGUCCUUGUGGCUGGUACACUUCCCUAUAGUGCCCCCUGGUGUUGCUUUGGUGCAUGAUGCUCGCUAUCAACCCCACUGCACAGUCAGUGGGUGAUACUUCAUGUUUGAAACAAAAUAAAGCUUUUACAUCAACUACAUGUUCUGUUGUCAGUAUCAACAUACAUUCUGUAUAAAACUGACAUGUUUUCAUUUCCUUUUACUGAUUCUGAUCUUCUGUGAGCAUUUUUUUUUACCUAUUUAAGCAGCUAUAUUGUGUAUACCUGAGAUAAAAUAGCACUGCCCCCACAAAAAUAAGAUUUUAAAAUGUCACUUCUUUAUAUUUAGGAUAGACAUGAUUUUAAAAAAAGUUGUAAUGUAAAAUGUCUGACCUAUUACUUCAUUUCCACGCCCCAGAAUCAGUUUUAAUUUUGUAUUAGGUAUUUUAUUGUUAUUUAUAAGAGUCAUAUCUGUGCAUCUGAGAAGUUAUACAUGUUUAACACUUUUGUAAUGGUGAUAUUUUGUGACCUUUGUAUGUUUUUUGUCAUUUUAAAAAAUAGAAUUAAAAUUUCAAAGUCAUUUUAAGAAAU